AGAUUUGAAGUCCAACAAAUUCAACACAUAGAAGGAACCUUAAAAAACCCUAGUCAGUGUCUAUCAAACAUUGAGUGUGGAGCAGACAGAUUACAGUAGCAAUGGUUGAUAGGAUUAGCAAUUUACCAGAUGAACUUCUGUUUCACAUUCUCUCGUUCCUUCCAACUGAAGAUGUUUUUGUGACAAGUCUUGUGUCCAAGAGAUGGAGACCACUCCGGUUUUCAGUCACCGAUCUCCACUUUGUCGAGCUUAGAAAUAGAAAUACUCACCUUGAACCACGUGUGCCACGAUACUCUGCCUUUAUCAAAUUCGUAGACGCAUUCAUUCUCAGACGAGGUAUUCACCAACCCAUCAAAACUCUUCGCCUCGAGUGUUACUCGUGUCCAGUUUUCAAAGUUGAGAAAUGGUUGAAAGCCGCAGCAGACUGCAAAGUUGAGAAUCUCCAAAUCUGUGGGCCGGUUUUGCCAUGCACCAUUUUCAGCAUCAAAACCCUUGUUGUUCUCAAGUUGAGAUGCGUGGAUUUUAAGGGUUUUUCUGAUGUUGAACUUCCCUUACUCAAAACUCUGCAUUUGGACUAUGUUACUUUCUCAAAGUGUCAACAUUUUAUAGAGCUUCUUAAUGGGUGUCCAUUGCUUGAAAAUUUGGAAGCAAAAUGCAUAUCUGCUGCUUUCGUUGAUGACCCUAAGUUUACAACUUUAUCAAAGUUGGUCAGAGCAGAUGUUUUUAACUUAAGAAGACCUCUUGAUAUUCCUAUGAGAACUUUUUGCAAUGUAGAGUUUCUUCGCAUAGACCAGUUCUGUGAUGUAGACAUUCCUAUAUUUCCCAAUUUAAUUCAGCUGGAACUCAUGUUUGGACGCCACGAUCUUAAAUGGGAAUCGGUGCUUGAUAUGCUCAAUCAUUGCCCUCAACUUCAAACUUUUGACCUUGAAAACCCAUCUUAUACUGCUGAUAAGGUUUGGCCAAAUACACAUGUUGUUCCUAAAUGCUUUUCUUCACAACUCAGGACGUGCAUUCUUAGAAAUUUUAAAGGCAAGGAAAGUGGGAUGAGAUUUGCCAAGUUUGUUAUGCAAAAUUCAGCAUUGUUAGAUACCAUGACAAUUUUCAGUUACCGUCACCUAUCUCUUGAGGAAAUUCUGGAAAUGAGAAAAGAAUUGGACUCAUGCCCAAGGAGCUCUGCAUCCUGUGAACUUUUAUUUAAGUAAUUUUUAUGCUUGUUAGUAUUUGAAAAUUAUUUCCAGAUGACUGCAAUUGUAUUCAGUACUACAUAUAUUAUAUCUGCUGGUUUUGGUGCUUUUUUGAAGGA